AUGGCUGGCCGCGCGUUCUCUCAGUUAUUGGGGCAAGGCUACAAUCAAGUCACAACCUCAAUCAACGAUGUCAACUGGGACCAGCUCGGUAAGAACGCCAUCGGCGUCACCGUAGCAGCAGGCCAAGGCCUCGGAAACGCUCUGGGACACGCCCAGACUGCAGCUGUCAACGUCGAUUGGGGCAAGCUUGGUAAGGACGCAGCGACUACCGCCGCGGCAGCGGGAGAAGGACUUGGGAAAACCUUACAGCAUGUCGAGACAGCAGUCAGGGAGACUGACUGGGCUGAAGUCGGGCGCUAUAUUUCUGCGACUGUCAAGAACAACCCAAAGACUGUAUUGGUUCCUGUCGGCGUUGUAGGGGGUGCUGUUACGGGUGGUUUGCUUAUGGGACCCGUCUUGGGCGCCGUAGGCUUUAGCAGCAUUGGUCCAGUGGCGGGAUCGAUGGCGGCAGGUAUGCAGUCAGCCGGUACGGCUGGCGCGUUGUUCAGCACGUUUCAAAGUGCAGCCAUGGGAGGCUAUGGAGUAGGAGCUGUUAUGGCUGCCUUCGCCGGUACCGGGGCCGCGGUCGGUGUGGCCGCCGGGACAGGUGCAGCCGUGGCUGUUGAAACUACUAGUAAUAUGGAUGAUCCCAAGCCUGCAGAUCAGGACAAGGCUACAGAUGAAGACGAAAAACCCAAGGCCGACUGA